CAACAUUUAGUCGAUGAAUGGACAUCACUACGGUCAAAAAUAACAUUUCUUUAAGCUGUCACUGUCAAUGUCAGACAAAUAUGAUGUAUUGAGGUUAUGUGAUUGUCGAAGGAAUAGGUUAUGUUGUUUGUGAUUUGAAUCUUGUGCCUGUGAAUUGUAUUUAUUAAAAGUAAAGAAAAAAGAACGGUAUACCUCAAUAUGUUGUGCCCAGAAGUAUGGAACUUUCCUCCACCAAAAGUAAUGAUAACCCACAGAAAAGACCAGGAUAUGGAAUCAAUAAACAAAACAGUGAACAUGAACUAUUUCUACAGAAGCGUAAUAAUAACAUGCCCUGAUGAGAUACAAACGCCGAGUUCCAUUCAAGAUUUAAUAACAGAAGAUACCGAUUAUUACAAACUGUCCGAUUGUUCACUCACAGAAUUUGUGGAGCCAGUUUUCAUUGAAAGUUUUAUUAAAACCGGCAAAGUAUAUUGUUUAUCAACAGACAGAAAUUGUAUUAUUCAAAAUUGUGCUGCUAUAACUCCUGAUGGACAUCUUGUAUUACAUAUUCCUGAUUAUGUUUUCCAAACAUUAGGAUUUGAAGGAACGAAGCGCCCACACAACUUUUAUGAAGUGAAAAUUAAUCUUAAAACAAUAAAGAACCACUCGAAAGUGCGGACAUCGUUGCAGAAGUUGGAUAAUUUUGACUUUUAUAUAACUUGGGAGCCAAAUAAUGAAGAAAUCUGCCCGUCAUCAAUAGCCAAGUAUUUUAGUGAGAAGAGUAUAAAUAUUUCAGUUCACUCAUUGAAUACAAGGAAUGUUAUCCCAUCAGUGGAUGAAAUACCAGCAGUUAUAGAUGUGGAUAUCGAAGAAAUGGUUGAGUGGGUGGGAUUACUGGCAUACGGAGUAGACAUGACUCCGACAGAACCAUACAUAAGCACUUAUUGUCAACCUGAGAGCGAGAAUGCAAUUAAAACUGGAAGAAUAAGCAUUAUGAUAGCCAGUGGUUUCAUAACUCCUUCAUUGGUAAAUAAUAUAUGCAAGAAAUUAUCAGAACAUGUUCUCGACAGGGAAAUAGACAAUUAUUGGGCCUCCAUAAGCAUACAAAGUGAUGAGAAUAGUUUGUGGCAAUGGAAUCCAAGCAGUCAGCCAAUGUUUCAAGCUCAUGACUCUUCAUGUAAUGUAUUUUUUACUCAUAAUGGACAUAUAUUGUAUUCAAUAGGACAAAUAAAAUAUUCAUAAAAUAAAGUGUGUGGUCUUUUUUAGCCUGAGUAAAACCAUUGGAAGAAUCUUGUUAAAAAUUUCUAUUGCUUACAUUGGACAGCUACUCAGCAAUAUUGCUGAAAGGUUGAUGUUAAUGGUAGACAGAUAGAUUAGGUAGUAAAAUCAUUAAAUAGAAAACUAAAAAACCUAUAUUUUGUAAAAAUAAAUACAUCUUUACUUACAUAAUACAUCUACAUAGGUAACUGGUUGUGUCUACUAAAGUCAGAAUAAACUAUUAUAAUAUUGUAGAUAGGAAUGUUUUCAUAUUGGCAGUCUCAAGUAUUUUAAGGGCAGGACAAAGGUUGUACUACUGGAAAUCUUUUCUAUAAUGAUGAUUUGGUACUGGCCAUCUGCGGUAAAAAAAUAAAAAAUAAAAAUCACAUCAAUUUAGGUAGUUUUAUUGAAACAAACCAGUACAUAAGACAUUACAUGUGCCCUGCACCAAUAA